CUCAACUCGUGUGGGUUAGCACUAGUAGUAGUAGUGUGGGUACUCCAGCAUCAGGAAGGGUUCUACCAGUGACGUGACUACCCUCUUUUGAUGUGUCCUACUUCAUUUGUGCUCCUUUAGGAUGGAUUCACUUAGUCAAACUGAAGAUCCAGCCACAAGUCUGUUCCGGGAGUAUCUGAGGAUUCAAACAGUGCAGCCAGAUCCAGAUUACGAUGGAGCACUGAAUUUUCUGAAUCAGGUGGCUGAAGACAUUGGGAUGGAAAGCAAGAGAGUAGAGUUGUCCUCGGGACUAGUUGCACUCAUACUAACCUGGCGAGGAACAGAACCCCAGCUCAGAUCAGUAAUCCUAAACUCUCACAUAGAUGUGGUUCCAGUAUUUGAGGAGUCCUGGACGUACCCACCAUUUUCUGCCCAUAAGGAUAAAUCUGGAAACAUCUAUGCGAGAGGGGCACAGGACAUGAAGUGUGUUACAAUCCAGUACCUAGAAGCUGUGCGCCGUCUGAAAUCGGAGGGACGCCACUUCCCACGCACCAUCCACCUCACUCUGGUGCCAGAUGAAGAAUUGGGGGGGCACACUGGAAUGGAGCUGUUCGUGCAACACCCAGAGUUCCAAGCACUUAACCCUGGAAUCACUCUAGAUGAAGGACUUGCCAACCCUUCAGAGGAAUUCAGUGUUUUCUAUGGGGAGAGAUGUUGUUGGUGUGUAAUGUUCCAUUGUAGAGGUGAGACAGGACAUGCUUCCCGUCUAAUUGAAGACACAGCAGCAGCCAAAUUACAUUCUGUGAUUUCAAGUGUUCUAGAGUUCAGAGAAAACGAGCGAAACAGACUACUGUCAGACCCCAGCCUCACACUCGGAGAUGUCACUUCUGUGAACCUGACCAAAGUCAGUGGUGGAGUCUCCAACAAUGUUGUGCCAUCUGAUAUGACAGCGUCCUUUGACUUCCGCAUUCCACAUACAGUCGAUUUCAAGGAGUUUGAGAGUCAGCUGAAGAGUUGGUGUCAGGCCGCUGGAAAAAAUGUGACUUUGAGGUUUUACUCUAAAACAAUGAUCCAAAGUGUGACUUCUACAGAUGAUUCCAAUCCUUGGUGGAAAGCAUUCAGCGCCCCAUUGAAAGAGCUGGGUUUAAAGUUGAAGCCUGAAAUUUUCCCUGCCGGUACAGAUAGUCGUUAUGUGCGAGGGGCUGGCUACCCUGCUUUGGGUUUCUCUCCAAUGAACAACACACCCAUCUUACUUCAUGAUCACAAUGAGUAUUUGAAUGAAGACGUCUUCCUGCGUGGGAUCCAAAUUUAUACGCAGAUCAUCAGCUCUCUUGCCAGUGUGCCUGAGCUUGCUGAUGAGCUCUGAGAGAAUAAGGAGCAGGGGAUUGGUGUGUGUGUAGGGGGGAUGCUCUACUGUAAUGUCUGCACUCAGGGAGGAGAUUGCUGUCUUGGAUCAUAAACAGACAAUGAAAAAAAUGAACAUAGAAAUGGA